GCUCUGGUGUUGGAGUGCUGUUCUAGAAACGCCUGGCAGACACAGAGUAUGGCUCUACACUGGCUCUUGCUGACAGUGGUUCUGCUGCUAGACACUCUGGCUUGUGACGGAGGUGGGUUGAGGGACAGGAUAUUAGGAGGGACGGAUGCCAUCCCCCACUCCAGGCCCUACAUGGCAGCCCUGCUAUUGGACGGAGUUCAUGAGUGUGGGGGGUUCCUGAUUUCCGAUCAAUGGGUGAUGAGUGCCGCCCACUGCUUUGUUGCUGAUCUCAAAGGAACAUAUACAGUCCUCCUGGGGGCUCAUUCCCUGAACAAUCACGAGGACACUCAACAGGAGUUUGGAAUUGCAGCACUCUACCCUCAUCCGCGUUUCACAAUGACCUACGACAACGAUAUCGUGCUGAUCAAACUGGAUAGGAGUGUCACCUGGAGUCCUGGCAUCCAGCCUAUCAGGCUCCAGAGUGACACAGCGGAGGUGCCAGAGGGGACGGUGUGCAGCGUGGCGGGCUGGGGCUGGAAGAAUAAUGUCGGGAUAAAACCUGAAAACCUGCAACAGGUCGAAGUAAAGGUCAUCAGCCACCAGCUGUGCUCCCAACAUGAUUACUAUGGAGGCAGGAUCACAAGCAACAUGAUGUGCGCUGGGCAGCAGGGCAAAGACACCUGCCAGGGUGAUUCUGGAGGUCCGCUCGUGUGCAACGAGGUGGCGACAGGCAUCACUUCCUUCGGAGGGACCAAGUGUGGGAAACCGAAAAAGCCUGGUGUGUACAUGAUCAUCUCCCACUACUCCCAGUGGAUCAGAAGAAUGAUGCGUCUGAAGCACACAUAGACAUGAAUACCCUGUCAACUGUGUCCUGUGCAGUCCUUCUGCAACCCUUGUUUCAGCUGACAUAAAUCAACGAGUAAUGAAGUGCCAGUAAUAAGGCGCAAACAGGACAUGAACAGCCAUGUAAUUGCAUUGUAAUGCAUGUGUAAUUACCUAAGAGUCCUGCUGUUAUUUUGUAACUACUGUGUAAUUCCAGCAUUCUGUUACCUGAUGUAAUGACAUGCUUUAGUCAGCUAUAAUUAUACUACUAUACACCUAUUCCACUAUCAGCUGCCACGCUAGCACCACUGCUGGGUGUAUAAAAUGGUUGAUGGGCUGAUUUAUCACAUGUGUCACACCUGUUGCAUAAGUGCGUGGAUAAUAUAGUAGAUUAAGUGAUUUAUGAGAAAAUGUACAUUGACUGUAAAUUAACACUGCAUCAGCAAAUUAUUAAAAUCAAUAA